ACGCGCAACAUCAGCAGCAGCAGCAGCAUCACACGCCGUGUGAAACGCGUCGCCCGUCCGCCGAUCGGUGUGUCUCCGUGCGUCCCACCUGUUAUCAAAUUUUAUUCUCGGACCGGCACAAUGCCGCCGAAUUUGAUUUUUCAUCCGGCCACCCACACAUUGGCGACCUAAACUAUUGUCAGGCCCGAUUCGCGACCGCAGGAUUCCGAUUUCAAAUAUCAUCUGAACCGUCUGUGACAGUGCUUUUGAAUAUAUAAAAAAAAUAUCCGUUGUCUGUAUUUUACGUUUUAUUUUAGUUUAUUUUUUUUUUUCGUCCGAUUUUUGGCUGCGUGAUGUGACAAUUAUGUGUGUGAUGUGUGGUGGUUCGUAUUUCGGUUGAGGACGAUUGGGGGGAUGCUGUUAUUAUUUUAGGACACUUUGCAGGAGGUGCAGAUUAGCACAUGACGACGUGGAGUAGCAGAACGAUGUGGUGGCUUUGGGUGUCGGUGGUCUGGUUCGGUGGCACGUGCGCCGGCGGUGGCAGCGUGGCCCCGUUGGACGCGUGGCGCUGUCCCGAGAUCGCCGAGCAGCCGGUGGUUGAAUGCAGCUGCGACAUGCCGCAUACGCUUCGGUGCACCGGACAGGACGCCACUGCCAUGCAAAUUAUCGGGCGGAAGCUGCGCUCGCUCGACACCGCCACCGCAUCCGUCUCCCUGCUGGACUGCACCGUGCAGAACGUGAGCACGAUAAGCGGACCGCUGCUGGAGGGCGUCUCGCUGCACGGCCUGGUGGUGUCCUCCGGCGAGCUAAACGACAUCGACCGAAGGGCCUUCGCCGGUCUCAGGGCGCCGCUCCAGGCGCUGGGGCUGCCCAACAACCGGCUCACGCAGGUGCCCACCGUCGCCCUGGCCGCCCUACCCGAACUCGACCGUCUGGACUUGUCCGGCAACAAGAUGAAGAGCAUCGACGCCUCCUCAUUCAAGGGCUUACGAAACUUAUCAUUCGUCGACUUGAGCGACAAUAUGAUUACGGAAAUAUCACCGGACGCUUUCGACAAUCUACCCCAGCUGCGAAUUUUAAGACUUCGCGGCAACCGACUGGCACUCCAUUGCAUAUCGAAACUUAAUCCUCUUCCCACCUUAGAAGAACUGGACGUAUCCGGCAAUAACUUCGUCGGCCCGCUGGAGCCUAACACUUUCCCCAAGAUGGAGUCCCUCAAGGAUCUGCAACUGGGCCACAACUCCUUGAGUAGCAUUAAAAAAGCUGCCCUUGUGGGUUUGAUCAAUUUGACUUCGCUAAGAUUACACCACAAUUCAAUUGAUGUCAUUGAGGACCAUGCGUUUAGAAAUCUGACGAAGCUUGUGAGUCUUGAUUUAGCUCACAACAGAAUUGUAGCUGUUUCUGGUGCAUCGUUGUCCCACUUGGAUUUGCUAACUGAGUUGGACUUGAGACAUAAUUUUUUAAGAGCACUCACUCCUGACUUAGUGUUGCCACUGAAGAAUUUAAACACAUUAAAAUUAGACGAUAACGACAUAUCAAUUGUAGCCAGUGAUGCUCUAAAGUCAACAACGGUGUUGAAACGUUUAACGCUAUCAGAAAAUCCUCUGAACUGCGACUGUAGCCUGACCGAAUUUGCCGCUUGGUUAAUAAAUUCUAGUUUGAGCCUGGAAGAUAAAUCUUCGGCGGUUUGUACAACACCUCCAUCCUUAGAAAACGGCUUACUAGUAGACAUAUCACCAGAGAGUCUCGUUUGCGGCGACGACGAACAGGAAAGCAUGAUGGCACCAUACUCAAACCCGUACAAAGCCCGAAUUAAUCUCAGCAGUUUCAAGUACGACGGUCACAGAAUAAAUUUACAAUGGAGCGUCGAAUACGAAGCCUCUCCUUACACUUGCGAUAAAAUCUUUAUCUACGAGGAAGAAGGCGAAAACGAAGUCUUAAUGGAAAACAAUUCAAUCCAAUGCGAUUCAGCUGAUUUACCAGAUCCCACAAUACUUAACGUGACCGUGCCCAGCACCGUUCAGUUACAAGAGAAGCACAGAUAUCGAUACUGCUUGGCUUUGUUCGAAGCCGGCCAAUCCGACGACGAAUCUCUAGUUCUCGGAUGUUCCGAUGUUAUACCUCUUGUUCAGAAUGCUCAAGUGCAACCUAACAAUGAGUAUUCGUCGAAGAUAUCCAAGGUAUUGGCAAUUAGAGCCAAUUUAACAUCGUACGGAAGCUUAAACAUCGACAUCAGCGUGUAUCCUCAAGGAAAAUGCCUGUUGAACGUGGCCAUACUAGAACAAAACGCAUUGUUGUCUCAGAGGAAGAUCAACUGCACCGAUCCCAAGUACACGUUCAUCGGCUUAAACCACGGCCCGUACAGAGUGUGUGCAAACGUGAUAGGACCCGGCCCAGCUGUCGACGUCGCAAAACCGAUGUUACGAUGCGUAACCGUAAUGAAGAAGGAAACUAAAGGUUUUACGGGCUUGGAUGUGGCUUUCGUCACCAUUUUCUUGGUACUGUGCUUCAUGGUGAUCGCUCUGAUUUGGGGUGUGAGGAAGAUCCUCCUCAAGCCGAAGAUUCAAACACAUCAGUGUUUCCUGCCGCCGGAAAUUGAAGAGCAACAGCACAGCCGAUAUGUUAAAUUGCAGGCGACCACAAAAUUAUAACACGAUUAGAUGUUUCAUGUUUUAUUAACGUUUCGAUUGUUCAUUGUGAUUUCGAUGGAUCUAGUGCCAUAAUGACUGUUCAUGUUUUUAAAAUAUUAAAUAUGGAAUGUCUAAUAACCAAAUUUGUAGAUUAUUAAUAAUAGCUUUAAUGAAUUUGUACAUAAUAUUAAUUUAACAGACACAUAAUCACUAUGACGAAAUAAUUUAUUGCAUUCUAUUAGGAUAAUUCCUGGAGUUUGCAGACAAAUCAAAAGGAGACUGUGGGAUAUUUGGCUAGUUGUACUCGUUCCACGUAUUUGACUUUUGAUCUGUCCAUGUUUUGCUUGUAUUUAAAACAAAAUAUGUAUAUAGUAUUAACUAUUAACGUUAAUAUAUGGAUUUUAAAUUAACAGAACUGACUGUACAAUGUAAAUUAUCAUUAUACAUACUAAUGCUUGUUUUUAUUUUGUUAUAUAUUGUUGUUAGUUUUUAUGCACCGCCUUUUGAAAAUAAAUAUUUAAAAAUA